AUGAGAUUAUUUUUUGACCGUGCGCGCAGCACCGCGCUCGCCCUGAGAGAGAAGGUGAACGUGACGCACCUGCGUCAGUCGUACGAGCCGGAGAACGCUUUGUUCGCGUUUGAAGCCCAUGAGCAGCACGCAGACGGAGGAGAGGGCGCAAGAGGGCGAGGGGGAAACGGGGAAGGGCGAAGUGUAGAUAGAAGGAAGUACAUAGAAGAGCUUAUGUCGCGCUGCCCCGUGCUCGCAUCGACCCUCUCCGAGGCCGGAGUACUUCCAGCUCCCCUGGAAGCCGGCGGUCGGACGAUCAUCGAGUUUAACUGGGGCGCAUAG